AUGUCUGGCUUUGAAAAUGCCUCUCGGUCUCCAAUAACUUCCUCACAACCAUACACCAGAAUGGAGAGCCCAGAUCAGAAUUCAGGGGGACCCUCGACUCCUGUGCCCUCAGUCAAGGAGGGGCAAGCAGAUGGGCCUGACGUGUUCGAAAGACGCGGCUCCGCAGAUUCGAGCACUACCGGCGAUGGACAGGCAGAGGAAGGCUUUGUGCUGUCCCGCAGCUUACAGGACCCUUCAGAGGAGCUUCCCAUUGAAUUAAUCAGUCUCGCAGAUCGAUUCGUGAAUUCUCUGAGUGCCAAAGUGCAUAAUUCGCCUCCGACGAUCGACAAAAUUUCCGAGCUCUUCCAGGUCUUCUACAGCCGCGCCGAAUCCCACAUAGCCACCCAUAUCUCGGCUCUCAUAUCUCGCAUCAACCGUGAUCUCUCGCCCCAGGUCCCCGUCAACCCUCCACGGGGAAGUGCGCUAUCGAAAUUGACGAGCAAACGCUCACAGGAUAAUGUCCGACAAACGGCCCCGGGCCGUCAAAUGCUGACCGCGGGAGAAGUGGCCGAGAAGCGCAAGGCCCGCAAAGCUCUGGAAAGCAAGCAAAGCGCAUUGGAAGAAGCCGCAGAACGCAGGGUUUGCGAGCUGGUAUACGAUAAGAUCUGGCGACACAAAAGCACACUGGAUGAUGUGCGUGAUGAAAAGUUGCGAUCGAAGACUGCAGCUUUGCUGUUAGUUGGCAUUAAUCUGAAGGACCUCGGUAUUGAUAUAGAUCUUGAAUCCAUCGAUGAGCAGAAGCAAGAAGAAGCGAACGAGUUCCUUGCCCAAGCUCGAGAAUAUCUCGCAAAGAUGGAUAAUUACAAGUACCCUCUUGGGAAGCUUCAGCAGCUUGCAGCGGCCCACAAGGCCAUCGUUGAUGCUCUUACCAAAAUUUUGCCGUCGUCUUCCUCGGCAGAUGAAAUUCUCCCAACCUUGAUCUACUCACUGGUGACCUGCCCUCCGGAGGGCAUUAACAUUGUCAGCAAUUUGCUUUUCAUCCAACGGUUCAGAUCCUCGAGCAAAUUUGACGGUGAAUCAGCUUAUUGUUUGACCAAUCUUGAAGCUGCGAUCAGUUUCUUGGAAAAUGUCGAUCUCUCAACCUUGCGUGCCGAUGAGCUGCAGGAUGGUCCUCUCAAAACCCCGGAAGCAACCACGCCGUCCGCGGAGCCUGUCGAUCCGUUCCGUCCGUCAAAGGAGACCACCACUUCGUCUAUCUCAGCCAUCUCAGCAUCCCCCGAAAUGGCGAAACCGGAACCCAAAGAACCUGCCGCUACAUUGCCCAGACCACGCCUCGCUACAACUCCCCAGCAACGGCGCCUGAGCAACCUUUUCCAGCCCCCUGCCAAAGUCCUCGGUGCUGCAAAUGACGCCGUCCGUACCACCGCAGACCAAGGUCUCAAAAAUAUCGGUGCCACCCUGGACAGUAGUUUCAAUUUCUUGUUUGGUCGUCUGAAAGAAAUGCAAAUCAGCCAAGGACCCAACACAGAGGGAAGCGGGCCAGUGCUCCCAAAGACAUUGGCCGAGGCUCGGCGUUUAGUGACACUGCCAUCGACCUCUUCCACUAAUCAGAGUCUGACCCAAGAAGAAUUGGCAGCGAUCAACUCUGUCUCUGUGGGCGACAACACGCCGCCACGCAGCAGCUCAAGACUCGCAGAUCCAUCCAGCGGGGGACCCACCCCCCGCGACCGUAGCGUGGAUAGCACCCGCACCCAGGGCAGCAGUAAAAAGUCCAUCACCACAUCCCUGCGGGAAGAAUUCACAUCAAACACGGCAACGAGCCCAACUCCGCUAGAAUCAAUGCGGAACUUCGGCAACACUCUCAACCCACUCAACCACAUUCCCGGCAUGAUGAGGGGCUUCGGCCGCAACGCUCCAGAGACUCCCACUGGCCGCUCUGUUUCUCCCUCUGGACUUGACCGGUUCAAGCCAUCGCCUGCCUCGGUUGAGAGUAACAAUAGCGGAAACAGCCCACUGCCUGCUUCGGUCAAAAUUGACCCUCCUAUCCAGCGUCUCCUUGAUACUCAAGAUGCGCGCGAUCUCCGCAUUGGGGAUGUGGCUGUCCUGCUUGAAGACUACAAGAGACUCGCUGCGGCACUCUACAAGCCCGAGUCUCGGUAA